CACGACCUCUCUCGAUCUCUCCCUCUAUCUUUCCCUUCAGAAUCUAGCUAUAGUUCUCCAUCUGCAUUUUCACACACAUAGAGAGACAAGGGAUGGGUUUCAAUCUAGUAGCUGAUCAUAAACCUCAUGCUGUAUGCGUCCCAUACCCAGCCCAAGGUCAUAUAAACCCUAUGUUCAAGCUGGCAAAACUCCUCCACUUCAAAGGCUUCCAUAUCACCUUUGUCAAUACUGAGUACAACCAAAAACGUUUACUCAAAUCCAGAGGCCCCAACUCUGUCGCUGGCUUGCCGGAUUUUCGCUUUGAAGCUAUCCCCGAUGGCCUCCCGGUGACGGAUAAUGAUAACACCAGCCAAGAUAUCCCUUCUCUUUGUGAAUCCACCUCCAAGAACUGCUUAGUCCCAUUUCGCAAUCUACUUUACAGACUCAAUAACACUUCUUCUUCUUCCAAUGUUCCUCCAGUGAGCUGUAUUGUUUCUGAUGGUUCAAUGUCCUUCACUCUUGAAGCAGCUGAAGAGCUUGGAAUUCCUCAAGUACUCUUCUGGACGCCAAGUGCCUGUGGUGUUUUGGCCUACGCCCACUACCCUUUUCUUGUUGAAAGAGGCUUUAUACCUCUCAAAGAUACCAGCUAUCUAACAAAUGGGUACCUAGAAACUACCAUAGAUUGGAUUCCAGGCAUGAAAAAUAUCCGGCUGAAGGAUCUCCCAUCUUUCAUUAGAACUACAGACCCAAAUGAAAUCAUGCUCAACUUUGUCCCGAAUGAGAUAUCAAAAGUUCCCAGAGCUUCAGCGCUCAUUUUAAACACAUUCGAUGCCCUGGAACAAGAUGUUUUAGAUGUUCUUUCUUCAAUGUUUCCUCGUGUUUACAGCAUUGGCCCUCUUCAUGAGUUGCUAUCUCAUCAGAUUUCAGAUUAUCAUGAAGAACUAGCAAAUUUUGGUUCAAAUCUAUGGAAGGAAGAUUCUGAGUGUAUUAAAUGGCUAGACUCACAGGAGCCUGGUUCUGUGGUUUAUGUAAAUUUUGGCAGUAUAGCAGUAAUGACGCCUUUUAAACUCGCUGAAUUUGCUUGGGGACUAGCCAACAGCAACAAGCCUUUCCUGUGGAUAGCAAGACCUGAUCUUCUCACCGGUGACUCUGUGGUUCUGUCAUCAGAAUUUGUGGCUGCAACGAAGGAGAGGGGUAUUUUUUUAGCAGGUUGGUGUCCACAGGAAGAAGUCUUGAAACAUCCAUCAAUUGGAGGGUUUUUAAGUCAUAUGGGAUGGAAUUCAACCAUCGAAAGUGUGUCUGCUGGAGUGCCUUUGCUUUGUUGGCCAUUUUUUGCAGAGCAGCAGACAAAUUGUUGGUUUGCUUGCAAUAAGUGGGGUAUUGGUAUGGAGAUAAAUAAUGAUGCAAAGAGAGAUGAAGUGGAAAACCUGGUGAGAAAGUUAAUGGAGGGAGAAGAAGGAAAAGAAAUGAAAAAGAGCGUAAUGAAGUUGAAGGAAAAAGCUGAAGAGGCAACAAGGCCUGGUGGUUCCUCUUAUCAGAACUUCCAAAAACUGCUUGCAGUUCUGGCAAACAAGCAAAUAAAUUAGAAAGGAGAAUUAGGUGCAUGUGUUCGAAGAACAGCCGGAUGAAGCUUAGCCUCGAGUUGUUCGUUAUAUUUAGUGAACUUGUUACAAGAAUUUUCCCUUUUCACCCCAUCCUUUGUAUCUUUCAUGUAUAUUAUCAAUUGUUCUAAAUAAUACAAUUAAAUGAAUUCUGUCAUUUUUAAA